AUGGGAAGACAGCUCCUCAUACCCGAUCUGCCCAAAGGAGGACAUCCUAUCCGUCGUGUGUUCAUCGCCAAUCGAGGCGAGAUUGCACUACGAGUCAUCCGAACCUGUCGCGUGCUUGGUAUCACCUCCGUAUCCAUCUUCACAGAAGAGGACGCAUAUUCUCGCCAUGUAUCAGAGGCGGACGAGGCUAUCUGUCUCGGGCGUUUAGAUGGAGAGAAAGUCAACCCAUUCCUCAACAUUAAGCUACUAGUCGAGGUCGCAAAGAAUGCAAAGGCGGAUGCCAUUCAUCCUGGCUACGGCUACCUCUCGGAAAACCCAGAGUUUGCGGAUGCCGUCAGAGAUUCUGGAAUGAUCUUCAUCGGUCCAACGGCCCAAGCGAUACUGACGCUUGGGGACAAACGAGAGUCCAAGGAGUAUCUCUCCAAACACAGCCAGAAUGUCCCGCUGAUACCCGGUUUCGCUGGCAGAAAUCAGGACCCGCUGGAGCUGGAGAGAGCCGCAAGCGAGAUAGGGUACCCGGUCAUGCUAAAGGCGUCGGCGGGCGGAGGAGGCAAGGGAAUUCGAAUCAUUCGGGAAAGCGGGACGCUCAAGGCCGAGCUGGAACGGGCUCAGUCGGAGGCACAGCGGUCGUUCGGAUCCAGCGACUGCAUUUUAGAAAAGUACAUUGAAGCUGGGAAGCACGUCGAGGUACAGAUCGUUGGAGAUAAGCACGGCCGUGUCCUGUCGCUCUUCGAACGCGAGUGCUCCAUUGGACGGCUGAUUCGGUACGAGGGUGCAGGGACUGUUGAGUUCAUCGUGGAUGUCACGGCGGCCAAAUUUUACUUUCUAGAAGUCAACUCCCGCAUCCAGGUGGAGCACCCAAUCACAGAGGAAGUGACUGGCGUAGACAUUGUGGCGCUCCAGCUCUUUGUCGCCUCGGGCGGAAAACUCGACGACCUCCCGCUAUCCAACCUGUCACAGAACGGCCACGCGAUUGAAUGUCGGGUGUACGCCGAGAAUCCCCAGCGCGGGUUUCUUCCGGAGCUGGGCACCAUCCACUAUUGGCAGCCCGCUGGGCCCAACAUUGCCAGGGAAGACGAGACCCGAUACGAGACUGCUGUCAUCUCCGGCACCGAAGUCACGAUGUCGUUUGAUCCCAUGAUUGCCAAAAUCAUUGUGUGGGCGCCGAAUCGAGAGGCGGCAAUCAGAAAGAUGGUGGCCGUCCUCGCGCAUACGGCCUGCGUCGGACUCGUCACGAAUCAGCUAUUCUUGCAGAGCUGUCUGCUCCAUCCCGCCUUCCAUGAUCCUAGCUACACAACCAAUUUUGUCGGCUUACACUUAGAAGAGCUUUUACGACACCCCUACGCGGAAAGCCUUGAGGGCAUCGCAAAUUCUCUGGCAGCGAUCCCCGCGGCGUAUCUCAAGGCACAAAACGCCGCGUUUUCCCAAGACGCAACCCCGAAGAAGUUCCAAAACUCGCCUACGCGGUUCCGCAACCAGCGCCGAGACAAGGUCAAUAAAUAUACACAAAUCCUCGUGACCGGGACCGAAAAGAACAUCUCCACUGACACAGAUUUCCUCGCCGCCGUUGUCGAGCGCGCCCGAGACCCGCGGACAAAUCUCGAGCUGAAGGCUGCAGCACGUCUAACCGCCGCCUAUACAAAGAUCAGUGACUUGGUCAAGGCCUCCCAUGAGGUGGCGGCGAGCGGAAAUCCCGUCAAAGUCAGGAUUCUUUCGACAACGUCUUUAGCGGGCGAGGAGAGCCGAGAAAGUACAUACCGCGCUGUAGGACUAGUUGCAGAAGUCAACGGCGCGCGAAUCGUAGGUACCCUAGUCCUUCCAAGCGAUGCGAGCACAUCUACUACCGACUACGACACCGCUCGAGGUCUCGGCCUCUUCUUCCACGUCCCGGCAGUCGGCACGUGGAUCGUGAUGCAGAGCUUCAGUCUCCUCACCUACAUUGAAAGUCUCCGAAGCACCUUUGCCACCAUCGACAAGGGAGCCGAUGAAGGGACUGUUCUCGCCCCCAUGCCCUGCAAGAUAUUGCGGGUUCUGAAGAAGACGGGCGAUGAGGUGAAGGUGGGUGAGGUUGUCGUCGUCGUUGAGAGCAUGAAGAUGGAGAUGACGAUUGCGGUCAAUCGAAGCGGAAAGCUCCGGUGCGGCUUGACGGAGGGCCAGGCGGCCAAAGAGGGCGAUCUCCUUUGUUCGCGUCAUGGGGGCGACGAGGAAGACAAGUAUAAAUUAUAUAGGGCUGGACGGAGCCGGAUCUUAACGGACAACAAUUAUCUUCGUCGUUCGCUCGCUUCUCACCCCCAGUCCACCCUUCCCCACUGCACCUUGACCGUUCAGUCCUACCACGUGCCUUCCGACUCGUCUCUGCCCACCGUCUAUCUGCACAAUGAAGUCUUCUGCUCUCUGGCGCUUGGUGCUUCUGCCCUCGUCGCCGCGUCUGCUGUCCCGCGAGUCGCCAAGGAUGCCAAGGUAGAUUACGCCGGCUUCAAGGGCCUGCGAGUAAAGAUUCCCCUUGGCAAGAGCCCGUUGGAGGUCGAGGAGAAACUCACCGGUCUUGUGGCCCACGUCGUCAACUUUGGCCAUGGUGAACAUUUGGAUGUGGUGGUAGCUGACGAGAACGUCGACUCCGUCGCGCGAAUUCUGGAAGCCGAGGUCAUCAUCGAGGACGUCGGUGCCAUCAUCGCCGAGGAGGGAGAGCCAGUCGAGACUUUCGCCGUCCCCUCGGAGUCGUGGUUUACCGCCUACCACACCUACGCGGACCACACGCACGGUGGUAAGGGUAGCAAGCCCGCCGUCCUGCUCCACGGCACUGUCCACGCUCGCGAAUGGAUCAGCACGAUGACUGUGGAAUAUCUCGCGUGGCAACUCCUGACCCAGUACGGAAGCACCGCUAGCGUCAAGGCGCUCGUUGAUACAUACGACUUCUACAUCCUUCCCAUCGUGAACCCGGAUGGCUUUGUGUACACCCAGACAACCGACAGGUAUUGGCGCAAGAACCGUCAGACCGUCAGCUCCAGCACUUGCGUCGGUCGCGACAUCAACCGAAAUUGGUCUUACAAGUGGGAGCUCACCGGCGGUGCCUCGACGAGCCCUUGCUCCGAGACCUUCAAGGGCCUCGCUGCCGGCGAUUCGCCCGAGGCGAGCGCUCUCAUGAAGCACGUCAACAGCCUCCGCGAUAGCAAGGGCAUCAAGUUCUACGUUGACUUCCACUCUUACGGACAAUACAUCCUCUGGCCUUUCGGCUAUGACUGCUCCUAUGUCGCCCCCGAUGAUGCGGCGCUCAACUCGCUGGCCACCAAGGGCCGCACAGCCAUCAGCGCCGCCUCGGGAACCAGGUACACCAUUGGCAACUCCUGCCGUGCUCUCUACGCGACCACGGGUGACAGCAUCGACUACGUGCACGGCCCCGGCAACUCGACUUACAGCUACACCAUCGAGCUCCGUGACACGGGCUCGUACGGCUUUGCUCUCCCCGCGGCCCAGAUCCAGCCGACGGUGAAGGAAACCUGGGCGGGUGUCGUGGCCAUGCUUCAGGGCAUCUAA